CUCCAUCAUUCUUUCCCUUGGUUUUGGCUUUGGAAAUGGCGACUCGAGCUGAGGAGGGGGAGUUGAAGUAUUUGGAGUUCGUUCUAAAAGCGGCAUUUCGAGCAGCAAUGUGUUCACUCAAGUUUUAUAGCUAUGCGAAAGACUGGUCCGGUCCGCUGAAGUUCGGCGUCGAAGCCAUGGAAGGCACUGUGAAGUCCGUUGUUGGUCCUUUGUACAUUAAGUUACACGACCCUUCAAAAGAGGUUCUUAAGUUCGUCGAUCGCAAGGUGGACGAGUCAGUGACAACUAUCGACCGCCUUCUUCCUCUAAUGGUCAAGCAAGUCUCAUCUCAAGCCAUCUCUACUGCACUGCAGACGCCUGAAGUGGCUCGAAAUUUAGCCUCUGAGAUCCAACGUACUGGCCUUAAAGGCACCGUCUCUGGAAUUGUGAAAUCCGUGUAUACCAAGUACGAACCCAAGGUCGAACAGUCCGCAGCAUCAGCAAUGCACACACUGAACCAGUUGCCUGUCUUCCCCACUGUUGCGCAGGCCAUCGUGCCAACAGCAGCACUCUACACUGAGAAAUACAACUAGACCAUGCGAGCCUCUGCCGACAUGGGUCACAAGGUCGCUUCAUCCCUUCCCUUGGUCCCUAUUCACAGGGUCGCCAAGGUGUUCACCAACAACAAAAUUUAGAUGCGUUAAGAGCCUUGGGUUUGUUCUUGGUUUCUGUAUGUGGUCACAACAUUCACGAUGUAGUAAGGAGUAAUAAAAAAAUAUUUCUUGUCUAUACUGGUUUUUAUGACAAUGUUGAACUAGGUUAAUAUGUUAU